AUGUCAUAUAUUCUGAAGACAAUCGAAGAUUUCGUCAACGCUCAUCCGGUUAGCUGUACAUCAGAGAAGGCCCAUGAGCUCCUAUCGCAGGAGGGGGUCAAUCUGGGAACAAUUGGUAACGCGGUCCUCCAGCCCGGAAUUACGGCGGCCGAGGCCGACGCUGUGGUCCAGUGCCUAGAGAUACUCCUACGUCACGAGGAUCUGGCUAAGUCGGCCGUGGAGGAGUACUCCCCUCUGCUGCAAAUGGCUGCUAGUGGCGACCAACGGUUCAGGGAAGUCGCCGCCUCCUGCUUUGCAACGGCUAAGUCGUCCAUGGCCGACCCAAAGGUUGUCAUAGCUCUGCUUAAGGACAAGGAGACUGGGAUAGCUGAGAAGGCAGCAAGGGCCCUGGAGGGUAUGGGCUCGAGAAUUGAGGAGAUACUCGAUGCUGGCUUGAGCGAUCUGGCGGGGCCUCCCACCGAUGGAGUUGUGCUGUUGAGGGCCCAGUGUGUGCUCAUAGAGAUUGGCAAGCGGGACCAGAAGGCCUUCGAGGUUAUUAGCAAGCAGGGAUUGUAUAAGAAGCUACUGGACGCCUUCUUUAGUGACGAUCUCUUGCUGAAAUUGGCUUCGGCGGAGGUCAUACAGGAUCUCGCGAGCUUCCCGGGUGGACGGCAGGUCCUAGUCGACUGUGGCACCUUUAGGGACUUUGAAAAGGAGUUGGAGGAUGCGUUUGAUGACAGUGUGGCAGUCGCUGUAGUAGCGGCUCUCAGUGGUCUAUUGCAACGUGCGGGCCCUUCUGAAGAGGCUAACUAUUUAUUCAGAAGUGUUACCGCACCAUUGCCACAUACUAUAAAGGAGUACCUAUGCUCGGAUGAUGAUACUAAGGUCCUCAACGGUCUGCAGGCGGUCAUGCAGACGUGCCGGUUGAAGGUGUCCCAGGAGACUUUGCUCACGUCCCCUGAUGUCCAUGCCAUGUUGAUCGCUAUCUUGAGGAAGUCCGACGAAAACGAAGUGGUGAAGUGUGCGUGUGACUGUUGGUCAGCGAUAGCCUACUGCAAAGCUAUGGCGUACAUCCCUGAUACUGUGUACCUAGCCACUGUGGGCCAGCUGCAGCGAAGAGCGCCCUUCCCGGAUGCCCGAGCUCACAUAUGGAGGCUCAUGGGCAAUCUGACGGUAUUUGAUGCGAAACAGGCAGAGAGAGUUUUCCUCUCGAAGGGAAGCUACGUAGUAACGACCUUGCAGAACUUUGCCAGCGAGCUAGGUUAUGAUGCCAGAGUGGGUAAGCUGGGCUUCACUCGGGCCAUCCUUGGGGCGGUACCAGGAGAGAGGAUAGAAAUGGCUGUGGGUGGUCCAUGCUACUACGAGAUGAAGGAGUUCGCUGCUAAGGGCCUCUCCUAUGCUCCGCUUAAACAGGACCAAAUUGCGGUCGAUGACAACUUCGGUCAGUAA